GCGCGGCUCCGAGCGCGAAACAUGGCCUUGCUGGGUGCUGGCGGCGGCUGCGGAGGCUACGAGGAGGAGGGGGACGACAGCAUGUUCGAGGCGGCCGUGGAGGUCUUCGCGAAGCUGAAGGACCUCAGCUGCCCCUUCCUCCAGGGUCUUUAUAUCACAGAACCAAAGACCAUUCAGGAACUGCUGUGUAGCCCCUCGAAGUACCGCUUGGAAAUCCUGGAGUGGAUGUAUGCACGGGUCUGUCCCUCCUGGCAAGACAGGUUCAGCUCACCUAAGGGGGCCUCAGCCGAGGUGAAGAUCCAAGAGAUGGUGAAACUGGGCCAUGAGCUGAUGCUGUGUGGGCUGGAUGACCACGAGCUCCUGAAGGGCCGGGCCUGUGCCCAGAAGCAGCUGCGCUUCAUGGACCAGCUGCUGGACGUGGUCCGGAGCCUGACUGUUGGAGGCUCCAGCUGUCGCAGUGUGAAAGAGCACUUCGAGGACACCAGGGAGAAGAAUGAGGCGCUGCUGGGGGAGUUCUUCUUGAGCCCCCACCUGCAGAUGCUCCUGAGCCCCGAGUGUGAUGCGUGGCCCCUGGGUGUGCAGCCACUUCUCGACAAGCAGAGCAAUGCCUGGCAGAGGGCCAGCCCCUCCAUCGAGUCAGGGGACGACAAGGUGGCAGAGCUGGCCCGGCAGCUGCAGGAGAGUGCCUCGAAGCUGCAGUCGCUCAGGGUGGAGUGCUUUGCGCAGCACAAGCAAGGAGCCGCUGUGGGUGGGGCCGACGCCAGCACCCUAGACCAGAAGCUGCGCCUGGUCAUCUCUGACUUCCGGCAGCUCAUCGUGGCUUUCCUGCAAGUCUAUGACGAUGAGCUGGGAGACUGCUGCCAGCGCCCAGGCCCCAACCUCCGCCCGUGCGGCCCCAUCAUCCAGGCCGUGUACCAGACUCUGACCUCAUGCAGCCAACUGUUGAAAGCGGUCGUGGAGGUCACUGACACCUCGGUGAAAGCCGUGCGGAUGGCGAAGCAGCAGCAGGGCAAGCAGAUCUGUUGGGGCAGCAACAAUUCUGUGAUGAGUCUAGGUAUGUGGUCACCACUUUUCUGUGGCUGUGGCCACCCGUCUGGUGGGCAGGGACAGGGCCUUCACGGUGCACCUCGGCUUAGUGCCUGCCUCCUUCUGUGCUUGACCCGCAUUUGGGGACUGGCCCCUCACUUCUCUUCUUCUUUUUCCAAUGCUUAAGGUUUUUCUUCCCUUGAAAACUCUUCUGACGGAUUAUAAAAUAAAAACAUUAAUUGUAGGAAAUUGGGAUAACGUAAAGACGUGCAGAGGUAAACUAAAAACAUUGCGUAAUGUGGUGGCCCAGAGAUGGUCGGUGUUAAUAUUUUGGUCUGUUUCCCUCUAUUCCGUUUCCUCUCGUCAUCUUUUAUUUCUUUGUGUAAGGUGAGUAGAAUUACAACAUGUGUACACUAUUGUAUCCUUUCCCUUGGAUCUCAUUUUAAGCGUUUUCCCGUGUUCUUGAAGUCACAUUUUAAAUCAUCAGACACGUCCUUUCAGGCAUUUGCUGUAAUUUACUUAACAUUUUCUACUGCUGACCCUGUAGGUCAUUUUUAGUUUUAUACCGUUUCACAUGAUGCUGUCGCAGGAUUUACAAUAGUGACAAAUGGAAACAAUCCAAGGUUUUACCCUUGGGUAAUGCGUGAGUAAAUUCUGGUAUAUGAAUAUGGUGGGACGGUAUUUGUUGUUUCAAAACUCGAUUACAGUGACAUGAGCAAAUGUGUAUCGUGUAAUGCUAAAAGGAAAAUGCAGGUUAAAAAUGAAACAUACAGGGGCUUCCCUGGUGGCGCAGCGGUUGGGAGUCCGCCUGCCGAUGC